AUGUGGUUAGAUUUCACUAGUCUAUUUGUGUACCGUCUUUUUAUUCGUGCUUUCCGGAGCCUGACCACGGCUUAUAAUACCAGAAACCAAGCCGAUCUUGUGGUUGGAGAUGACGAAUUCGGUCGCGCGGUUGCUGACCUUGCACAAUUCAAGUCAAAACAAAAAGAAGAGCUUGGAGACUACGUCUACCACCUCCUUGAUGUCGACCUCUCAUCCCUCAGGGAAAAUCCCAGGAAUUUAGCCUACGUUGCAGAAGUGUACUACAACUUGUCCUUCAGAGAGGGCUGUGAACACUACGUGGAUCUCGCCAUCAAAUUCUACCAGCGUGCAACAGCGUCUGUUCCCGACGAGGACAUCGCGAAGCCUGAAGAUCUGGGAUACUUUGGAAUGGCUUUGGAGUUCCGAGGUCGCAUAGACCAAGCGAUUGAUGUCUAUGAGCGUUUCCUUAUGAUGGCUGCGGACUCGUCACCUUUGAUGGUGGGCUGCCUCUACAACCUCGGUAAUUUGCUCUGGGACAAACUACAGGCCAAUGUGGGGAGCACGUCGCGACUGCAGGAUAUCGAAAGAGUACUCUUUCUGCGGAAGAGAUUGGUUGAAAUCACCGCAAACUCGGAGAACGAUGCGAAUAGAGCCACCUAUUGUUUCAACCUUUCUCGUGCUCAGAUUGCUCUUUUUAUCUUCUUAAAUCCUGAUCCAACCAUAUCCACCGAAGGACUUGGAGAGGCACAUGAGUUCUUGAAGAAAUUAAAGUCAAGACCAAAGACAGAACUAAAUGGUUUGCUUGUGUGCGUGUCCUUUUUCCCUUUGCACAACGUUGACAGCUCUAAACGUGUGCGCAGCCAACUUAUUUCCGGUGACAUCAACACGUUGACGAUGGACUAUACGAAUCCAGACGUCCUCGCCUUUUUUGCAGACUUGUACAGAUUGGCCUCCGAGUCUGACGCGACGACUACAGAGGGAGCAGUGCGCUUGGGUAAAGCUGUCACACUCUACGAGUGCCUUAUAGGUUCCCUUCCUGAUAAUCAUGCCCAACACGUAUCCGCGUGGCCUCGCUUGGCUUAUGCAUUUGAAUUGCUUGGUUUGGUCGACAAGGCCAUCUAUGCGUAUGACCGGUUCCUCACUCUCUCACAAGGCAACUCAUCUAUGGUCAUCUAUGCCCUAGUUCGGUUAACGGAUCUACUAUGGGCGCGAUAUAUGGGAGCAGACGCCUCCGAAAACACGGUAACUUCUGACAUUGCUAGGGUUGUCUCUCUGCGUAGACGGCUCGUGGAGAUCGCCGAUGAUGACGAAUACAUGUCUGGCUAUCGGGAUAGCCUCGCACGCGCCUAUAUUGUCCAGUAUAGUCACCUUCACGACAGAUUCGAGCUGUCCAACGAAGGCAUGGAAGUGGCUGUCAAACAUUUCGACGAGAUCAAUCGUGACGACCCUCAAGUCCAAGCGCUUUGCUCAUUCUUUCUUGCUGGCCAGAUUCUUCAACGUUAUAACGAGGAACCCCACACCAUGCCCAUUGAACACAUUGAGCGGAUGGUAUCUCUUCUGCAGCGUGCUGUAGAUCUUAACGGAGACGAUGAUUUGUUUACGAAGGCGAUGCUCUGCGACGGUUUAGCGUAUGCGACUAUUAUGCGUAUCGAGAAGCUUGAGAAUGGUUCAGACAUAGUCAGAGCUAUCAGUCUAGCAGAAUGUGCGGUCGGUAUAAAGCCAGACCACGCGCCGUAUCGCUUCACUCUGAGCACAGCUCUCAGACACUCGUAUAUGGCUUCCGGCACCCUGGGGGAUGCAGAUCGCGCUAUUGCCGAAGCAUGUCGGGCCAUAUCUUGUGUUGAUCUAGGCCAGUCGGCGGAUUAUACUUCUGUGCUCGCAAAAGGCAUGUACGAACUUGCCCGUACGUACAUACAACGCUAUUUUACUUUCGGGGACAUUUCCGACGUCUACUCGGCACUCGAGUAUCACGAGAAGGCAUCGAGCCUUACACCUCCUGGCCGCAUCUACCAGGCAUGUUAUGUCGCAGCUCUAAAUACCGCGUUCAUAAUAUCUCGGAAGCCAUCAUACUCGGACCGCUCAAUCGCAGAAUGCGAAAAGUUGUGCGUGCUCGACGGCCCUGGUACAGAACAGAAUAGAAUGCAACUGGGUUACUCCCUUAUAACUCGAUACCUCGUCGACCACGAAGUCGACAAACUCGAACGAGCCAUUGAAGCAUUCGAGCAUGUACUGGGCAUGAUGCCCAAAACAUGGCCAUAUAGGUAUCGCUGUUUACACGACCUAGCCUUUUCGCUGGACGUUCGGACCAAGGGAAGGCAUGGUGGUCCCACCGUGGCUGACUUCGAUCGCGUUGUGUCCGUCAUCCGAGAGUGUGUUGAUACAGUUCCAACCGAGAUGCCAUCCGAGAGAGCCAUGUGCCUGAAAAAGCUUGGUGAGAUCCUUCUCGCUCGUGUAGAUAUUCCAAAUUGGACGGGCGACGCGAUCGAUGCCUUUCGUAAAGCUGCUCAGCUCCAAGGUGCAGACCCACGCAUAAGGCUCGCCUCCGCAGCAGAAUGGGGUCGGCUCAGUUUCUCGAAUGGCGAUGAGGCCGAUUGCCUCCAGGCUUUCGCGCUAACUAUGGACCUCAUCCCGUUCGUUGCGUGGACUGGGCGCACAACUGCACAGCAGCACUCGCAGAUAUCUGCUUUGAACAUCGGCGAGCUAGGACAAAUCGCAGCCUAUGUCGCGACUAGCUUCGGCAAUCAUCACACAGCGCUCGAGUGGCUCGAACAAAGCCGGUCGGUCGUGUGGGGACAAAUGCUCCGAUUGCGCACACCUAAGGAGGAGCUCCAGGAUGUCGAUCCGGUCCUUUACAAGAAGAUGGUAACAAUAUCAAGUGGGCUGGAGAGCACAUGGGCAGGUUUCGAUCAGAUCUAUGUUGAUGACCAUCGCAACGUGCUAGAGAUGGACAGACAGAGACAGCAUAGGCUUGCGGAGGAAUGGGACACGCUGUUGGAGCAGGCGCGGGAGCUUCCGGGGAUGGAAAGCUUCCUGAAGGCGAGAUCGUUUUUCGAGCUCGCAUCUGCCCCUUCGAUGCUAGGCGGUCCGGUUGUCGUCUUCAACGUUCACGAGUCCGGGUGCGACGCUUUUAUCUUGCAGACCACAGAUGACGAGAUAGUCACCCUUAAACAUGUGCCCCUCCAAUUUACGAAGAAUCUCGGGCUCAAGCUGCAACACAAUCUUCGUGACAUGCUCAAAGGCUCGAGCAUUCGGACGCGGACAUCGGACGAGGAGUACACACGCGGUACGAUGCCAGAUAUCCCACCUGAUCGCUUUACUCGCAUACUUGCCAUACUCUGGGAAAUGGUUGUCAGGCCGGUCAUCAGCGCACUGGAGCUGCAGCCGAUAUCAGAUGGCAAUAAUAACGUGCUACCGCGCAUUUGGUGGUGUCCAACAGGUCCUCUUUCUUUUCUUCCGCCCCAUGCGGCCGGCCUAUAUGACACGGCAGAAUGUGGAAGGAAGGUAUUCGAGUAUAUUGCUUCGUCUUAUACGCACAACCUAUCGAUCCUUUUAGAGAAGCGAGAGGAAUUGUCUGAGGACUUCAACGGGAUGUUGCUGGUCAGUCAGCCCGUCCCCAAUAGUCCUAGAGAAGCUGCAAUACCGAAAACCGUGAUUGAAAUCGAGGCUGUCGCACGAAUUGCGAGGGAAAGCGCGAUCCACAUGCCGACGACACGGCUCAACGAGCGCGAUGCCAAUAAAGAGACUGUCCUGGAAGGCAUGCGCAGACACAACUGGGUUCAUUUAGCUUGCCACGCGACUCAGCACCCUAAACACCCGACUGAAAGUGCGUUCAGCCUGACCGACGGCCCACUGACUUUGAGGGAGAUUGCACGUCGUGCACACCCCCGCGGGGAGCUUGCAUUUCUGUCAGCGUGCCAUACAGCCACGGGCGAUGAGGCACUCACGGAGGAGGCUGUUCAUCUUGCCGCGGGCAUGCUCAUGGCUGGCUACCGGAGCGUCGUUGCGACAAUGUGGUCUAUCCGCGACAGUGAUGCGCCAAUUGUUGCCGAGUCAUUCUAUGGGCAGCUUUUCGGAGGAGGAAAGGCACAGCGCGCGGAAUCAGGUCUCGCGUUACACCAUGCUACACGAGUAUUACGCGAGACAGUGAGCGAGAAUAAUUUUCUGUCUUGGGUGCCGUUCAUACAUGUUGGCCUCUAA